CGUUGGUUAAAUUUAUGCAGUAUUUAUUAAAUGGCCAAUAGGUGAAAGCUAAAACGACCGCUACAAACGACCUUACGGCGUUACUGUGAUUAAGCCGUCGUAUGCGUGUUUGCACUUAUCAUGUCGACAAAAUAUGAUAGGGCGAUUACCAUCUUCUCUCCGGACGGUCAUCUUUUUCAAGUAGAAUAUGCACAAGAGGCAGUCAAGAAAGGUUCAACUGCAAUUGGUGUUAGAGGGAAAAACUGUGUUGUUCUGUGUGUCGAAAAAAAGGCAACAACUAAGUUACAAAAUGAUAGAACUGUCAGGAAAAUAGCUCUUUUGGAUGAUCACGUCGCAGUUGCCUUUGCAGGGCUCACUGCGGACGCUCGUAUUUUGAUCAGUCGGAUUAGGGUAGAAUGUAAAAGCUAUAAACUUACUGUCGAAGAUCCCGUGUCUCUGGAAUAUAUUGCUAGGUAUAUGGCUCAGUUGAAGCAGAAGUACACUCAAAGUAACGGUCGUCGCCCUUUCGGUGUGUCGACAUUAAUAUGUGGAUUUAAUCAGGACGGCACUCCCCAUCUUUACCAGACGGACCCUUCUGGAACUCACUUUGAAUGGCUGGCUAAUGCUAUCGGAAAAAAUGCAAAAGUCGCACGUGAAUUUUUAGAGAAAAACUAUACCGAAGACGCUGUUGCUGAUGAAUUUGGAACUGUCAAACUUGCAGUUAAAGCACUGAUGGAGGUAGUUCAAUCAGGCGCUAAAUACAUGGAGUUGGCUGUAAUGAGGUGGAAAGCACCAUCUAAGCCUGGAGAACCAUUUGUAGAUUGGCAGAUGCUCGAACUUGCUGAUAUCCAAAAGUAUGUUCAGGCUAUCGAAAAGGAGAGAGAAGAGGAAGCUGAAAAGAAGCGUCAGAAAAAGGAAGCAGCUGCAGCAUUGUAACAUAGCUGGUUAUUGUGUUAAGGUGUACAAUUCUGGUUCUCAUGUUUUAUAUAACUAAAUUUGUUUUUGUUAUAAAAUAUGGAAUGUUGUUGAAUGUUUUUGGGGAUAUUAGAUGUUUAACAGUCAUUCGCUUCGUCGCUUACGUUUCCAUCAAUUGCAUUACCCUCAUAUGUAGUCGUGUCUAAGGCGUCGCUUUCAAUCGUGAUCUUAUCUGAAGUGUGCUUAUCAUAUUCAAUUGAGGUUAAGUUUAGCGUCUUGUAAAUUUUCUCCAAAAUUUCGUGAUCCAAAUAUCGGAAAAUAAUGUUAUCUUCAAUUCGCUCUUUCAUUUCAUUGAGACAUGUCAAUGCCUGAAAACAAAUAAAAUUUUUAGAUUAUCCUGUAUACUUCAUAUCAAUAAAAAAUCCUACGU